AAAUCCUAUUAUGGCGAAGGAGUGGCUUAUGAAUAUUAAUGAGGGCAUGCUGACGUUGCUUAGAAACCUUUCUUGAGCGUCCUGCCUAAUUUUUAUUCAUGCAUCAGCCAUUCACCAUAGCUCCCGUCCACUAGCGUCCUAUAGGGAAACGUCACGGUGCGUUAUUAAUAUUCAUAAGCCAGGCCUUUAGCGUAGUAGAGGAGGGCGCGCAUCGCUAGAAGUUAAGUUACUUCAUCCAGCAACUGCAACCUGUUGAGGCAGAAGUAUUCUUCACUCUUGAAUGAUAAGGAUAAAGAGGAGCGCUUGCAGUGAGGAUGCAAACCUACAUCUAAACCCGCGUGUAAUGCAGAACCGGCUUUGGAUCGGGAAUGUUGCGCUUUUGUUUUUACGCACGGCGCAUGGAGAUCUUCCAGGUGCUUCACUGAUCAUUAGGGAGCGCCAGGCGUCUGUGUUCGAUCUACCCUGAGAUGAUCGAUGAUUUGAUGCCAGACUUGCUGGAAGUAACGUGACGGUUCGGAUCGCGAUGGAAGCGCUGCUCGUGCUGUGCGCGGCGCUCGCGGGCGCAUGGAGCAGCAGAGGCUGUCCCGAGCUGAUGAUUGACAGCUGUCACUGCGCCGCGGAGAGAUCAAAGGAGUUUAAUAGGCAGAGCGUGCUCGUGAAGGUUGUGUGUGAUGAUGCGGACCUGACGGAAACCAUGCAGCCCGGCUCUUUACCCAACACGACGGUGUCACUGAUCCUGAGCAACAAUAAGAUCUCAGCGCUGAAGAAUAACUCUUUCCUCGGCCUGCGAGCUCUGGAGAGGCUGUGA